AUCUCCUAGCUCAUCGGUGUUUUUCCCAGUGCCUGCUUUCAGACUCCACAGUGAUUGAAGCCUCAGUGCUCCUUGAUCUGGUGAGGAGCAGACCGUGUUGGAGCAAACCGUGUCGGAAGUGGAUGGCUUCCCCAGAAGAGGAACGUUUGAUCCAGAGGAAAAGUACAAAAUGGACCACAGGAGAAGAGGCAUCGCUCUCAUCUUCAACCACGAGCGUUUCUUCUGGCGCCUUGGCCUGUCAGACCGGCGGGGUACCUGCGCCGACAGGGACAACCUCACACGCAGGCUUUCAGAUCUGGGAUUUGAAGUGCAGUGCUUCGAUAACCUCAAGGCAAAAGAAGUCCUGCUGAGAAUCCUCGAGGUGUCGAACUCCAGCCACGUGGAUGCUGACUGCUUCUUGUGCGUCUUCCUGAGCCACGGCAAAGGCAGCCACAUCUACGCGUAUGAUGCAGAAAUUGAGAUCCCCUCCCUGACAGAGCUAUUCAAAGGGGACAAGUGCAAGAGCCUGGUGGGAAAGCCAAAGAUCUUUAUCAUCCAGGCGUGUCGGGGAGACAAGCAUGAUGUCCCUGUGCAGCCCCUGGACCAAGUGGACUCCAUGCCAACCCCCCCGGGCGCUGGCACGACAGAGGUGGAUGCGGCCUCAGUGUACACACUGCCCGCCGGCGCCGACUUCCUCAUGUGCUACUCUGUGGCCGAAGGCUACUAUUCCCACCGGGACACACUCAACGGCUCGUGGUACAUCCAGGACCUGUGCGAGAUGCUGGCGCAGUUUGGGGCCGCCCUGGAGUUCACAGAGCUACUGACGCUGGUCAACAGGAAGGUGUCACAGCGCCGGGUGGACUUCUGCCAGGACCGCAGCGCCAUCGGCAAGAAGCAGGUGCCCUGCUUCGCGUCCAUGCUGACCAAGAAGCUGCUCUUUGCCCCCAAGUCUCAGUGAUGGCACUCGUCAGCCUGUGCUGUGUCCCAGAGGCACUAGAGUCAGACCACUGGUGCGUAGGAGACUUGGAUUUUACAGGAAAGGGCAGGUGACUCAAAAUGUUGCGCCAAUUUAACUUCAUUGAGUGAAGGUUUUAUAAGUGAUUGUUCUCCAGUGUUUCAUUAAAUCUGUGUCCCUUACUCAUUCACAUAAGUAAUCAGACCUGGGUCUCAGAGCUGCACUGGGCCUUGACUGCAGGAGCAGCCACCAUCAUCUACACUCAGGUUCCUAUGGUCAAGCCGAGGCUCCAGGGCAGCAGGACCCGCCAAGGCCGGGGGGCUGGGCCCCUCCUUCCGCAGACAGGCUCUGGUCGCCCAGUGGUGGCCUCUGGCAGGGAAGCCGCAGCUGCAAAGAUAAGGAAGGCCCUGGGGCCAGGCGGCUCUGCGCAGGACAGGACUGGACGGCGAUGAGCAGGUGGGCCCCCCUGGCCUCCCGCCCUUCUGUCCUUUCUCCUCACCCUUCUCUCCCUGCCUUUGUUCUUCUCCUAG